UGUUCUGAAAGGCACACAAAGAGAGAAAGAGCGAAAGAAAAAUCCGUUUAAAUGAAUAGAGACAUCAAAGGAGCUCGGAUCAGUUUAGUUGAACAGAUUUAUCAGUAAAAAAUAUAUAAUAUAAAACCUUUUUUGUUUCGGAAAUCAAGCAAUUCAAAUUUUUAAAAGACAUUAUUUCAACAAAGGUUAUAAAAUUAAAAAUAAUAAACAUUGUGAUAAUAUAUAAAAUGAAAAAUGUGAAAAAAGAGUUUAAAAAAAUAAAAAAUAAACCAAGCACAAAGGAUUUUAUUUAGAAAGUAACCCAUUGUUUGCUUAAAUGACGUCAUAAACAGGCGACCACUCAGCGGGACUGUCGGCGCGUUUGAAUCGAGCUGCUUCGCUGCUUCAGAAAAAAAGCCAAUAAUCUCCAAAAGUGAAGCUUCUCCUUCGAAACAAACCCAUCGACAUGAUCGAAAAGGAGGACCCGAUUAUCAGUGAGGAAGAAGCGGCGCAGUAUGACCGGCAGAUCCGCCUGUGGGGGCUGGAUGCCCAGAAGAGGUUGCGAGGGUCCCGUGUUCUCCUGGCAGGUCUGGGUGGUCUCGGCGCCGAGGUGGCCAAGAACCUGAUCCUGGCUGGAGUUAAAGGUCUCACUCUGCUGGAUCAUGAACAGGUGACAGAGGAGUCAUGUCGAGCUCAGUUUUUGGUUCCGGUGUCUGCUCGGGGUCAGAACCGAGCCCAGGCCUCGCUGGAGCGAGCCCAGAACCUCAACCCCAUGGUGGAGGUGCACGCCGACCCGGGGCGGGUCGAGGACAAACCGGACGACUUCUUUCUGGACUUUGAUGCUGUGUGUCUGACAGGUUGCUCCAGAGACCUGAUGGUUCGGGUCGACCAGCUCUGUUCUCAGCACAAGAUCAAGGUUUUCUGCGGCGAUGUGUACGGUUACUACGGUUACAUGUUCUGCAACCUGGGCCAGGAGUACAGCUACGUGGAGGAGAAACCUAAAGUGGUGAAACCUUCAGGAGAUUCCAGCGAUGGUCCAGGAGCAAAGAAAGCCAAAGUGGAUCCCAACGAGACCACUAUGGUCAAGAAGACUGCCAGUUUCUGUCCUCUGAAGGAGGCUCUGGAGGUGGACUGGACCACCGAGAAGGCCAAAGCGGCUCUGAAGAAAACCCCGCUGGACUACUUCCUGCUUCAAGUCCUGCUGAAGUUCCGCACAGACAAAGGUCGUGACCCCGACCCACAAUCCUCUGAGGAGGACGGCGAGCUGCUGAGACAGAUCCGCUCCGACGUGCUCGACGCGCUGGGGCUGAGCGCCAACCUGCUGAACGACGACUUCAUCAGCUACUGCUUCUCUGAGAUGUCUCCAGUGUGCGCCGUGGUGGGAGGAGUCCUCGGACAGGAAGUUGUCAAAGCUCUUUCUCAAAGAGACGCUCCUCAUCGAAACUUCUUUUUCUUUGAUGGUCGCAAAGGAAACGGCGUGGUCGACUACUUUGGACCCAACUGAGCGUGUUCUGGAGUUCUACCAUGAAAUUCAUCAGCAAACUGUUUUAUUGAAGUCACAACGUUUUCUGCUGCAUUUGUGGAUUGUUUGUUUUUGUUUACUAAUAAAGGUUUUUGUAAAAAACAUGUAAAAAAA